GUGAUUGAUCGAAGAAUCCUUCACAACCAAUGUCUCGUAAAAUCCCCAAAGAACCAACCACGAGACCGGCUUUCAACGCUUAUGAAAAACAUGUACGAGAUAUCAACAACUUUGUGAUUCCGUAUCAAAGAGAGAACAAAUACAAGAAAGUUGUAGGUGAGACAGACUUGGAUGUCUUGAAGAGAGAAUACAGGUUUAUACGAGAGUCGGAAGAAGAAGACGCAAAGUCUUGGGAAACGAGGCUGGCGAGAAGGCACUAUGAAAGACUAUAUAAAGACUAUGCUAUUGCUGAGUUGUCGCAAUGGCGUGAAGGGAGUGUAGGGUUUCGAUGGCUGAACCAGACAGAAGUAUUACAAGGGAAAGGAUAUUCUUGUUGUGCUGCAACUGAUUGUGAUUCGGCGUCGGAACUGAACACUUUUGAAGUUCCUUUUACUUAUGAAGAAGAUGGGGAGACGAAAGCUACUCUUGUGAAGGUACGCUUAUGUAGGUCAUGUCAAGUGAAAAUGCGUGAAAGUUAUAGAAUUGCGCGUGAAAAGUUGAAAUAGUUUUUCAAACAAGUCUCGGAAAGACGGAGACCAGAAAAUUAUCAGGAAUUUCCGUGUUUUAAGUGUCGUUCUUCUUUCUACAACUGAUGUUCUUAGGUGUUUUUUGACGUGGAAGAAGAAGAAGAAGAAGCAUAGUUGUGUAUAGAAAAAACAACUGCCGUUGUCACGUUGUACGAAAUAACGUUUUCAGCUUUGGUCCUGACAUUUGGGUUCUCAAUAGGAGUUGCUUUUGACACAAUGUUUUCGGUUCUGAUCAUGUUCUUUGCUUCAUAUUGCUAUUGUAUAUUCAUUAUGGAGAUGCAUUUG